CAUAUUAUUAAUAACAUUUCUUACGUUAUAUUUCUAAAUUUAUGCUCUUUUUCCUUUUUGCAGAAGAUGCAGUACACAUUACGGCGAUACUCGGCGAAGGUGUCAUCUUCAAUUGUCACGUCGAGUUUCCCAAUGAUCAUCCGGUGCCGUAUGUCCUACAGUGGGACAAGAAGGUGAGCGAAACGGGCUCCGACUUACCAAUCUAUAUAUGGUAUGAGAGUUAUCCGGAACACAUCGAAGAGGGCUACAAGGGUCGUGUGUCACGCGUCUCACAGGACUCACCGUUCGGUUCGGCUUCACUCAAUUUGACCAACAUCAAGGAGUCGGAUCAAGGCUGGUACGAAUGUAAAGUUGUAUUUUUAAAUCGUGAUCCCAAGCAGCAUAAGAACGGUACAUGGUUCCAUUUAGACGUACAUGCACCGCCACGUUUUAGUGUUACACCAGAGGAUAUUAUAUAUGUUAAUUUAGGCGACUCAAUUAUUCUAAAUUGUCAAGCCGAUGGUACACCAACACCCGAAAUCUUAUGGUACAAAGAUGCUAAUCCCGUUGAUCCCUCGCCUACUGUUGGCAUCUUUAAUGAUGGCACCGAGUUACGGAUCUCCACCAUACGACACGAGGACAUCGGAGAGUACACUUGCAUUGCACGCAAUGGUGAGGGGCAAGUCUCCCAUACGGCCCGUGUUAUAAUAGCGGGCGGCGCUGUAAUCAUGGUGCCGCCCACUAAUCAAACCAAACUCGAGGGCGAAAAGGUGAUAUUUUCGUGCGAAGCGAAAGCAAUGCCCGGCAAUGUCACCGUUAGAUGGUUUCGAGAGGGCUCUCCCGUACGGGAGGUCGCCUCAUUGGAGACACGUGUUACAAUACGUAAGGAUGGUUCCCUUAUUAUAAAUCCCGUUAGCGCCGAUGAUUCCGGUCAAUAUUUGUGUGAGGUGACGAAUGGCAUUGGAGAUCCGCAAAGUGCUUCGGCCUAUUUAAAUGUUGAAUAUCCUGCCAAAGUGACCUUCACACCCACUGUACAGUAUCUUCCCUUCCGAUUGGCCGGCGUCGUACAGUGCUACAUCAAAUCGAAUCCCACACUGCAAUAUGUCACCUGGACCAAAGAUAAACGACUACUCGAACCGUAUCAGAUGAAGGACAUCGUAGUCAUGGCCAAUGGGUCGCUGCUCUUCACCCGCGUCAAUGAAGAUCAUCAAGGACGCUACACUUGCACACCGUACAAUGCGCAAGGUACGCAGGGUUCAUCUGGACCGAUGGAGGUGUUGGUACGAAAACCGCCCACAUUUACUGUCGAACCGGAAUCACUGUAUCAGCGGAAGGUGGGUGACAGCGUCGAAAUGCAUUGUGAUGCCAUCGAAGCGGAGGGCACACAACGUCCCACCAUCAAGUGGCAGCGGCAGGAUGGUGGAGAACUAACGGAAACGCAAAAAGUGCGUGUCAAAGUGUCCGGCGGCAAUAUAACCAUAGAAAACUUGCGUGGCGAAGAUUUCGGUUACUAUCAGUGUGUCGUUUCGAAUGAGGUGGCUACACUGAUGUCCGUGACGCAGUUGGUUAUCGAAGGCACACAGCCGCAUGCGCCAUACAAUAUCACCGGCAAAGCGACUGAGUCAUCGAUUACACUUCAAUGGAUGCCCGGCUAUAGCGGUGGCUCUGAAUAUAAGCAGGAUUAUACGAUUUGGUAUCGGGAGGCAGGCGCUGCUGAUUGGCAAACGAUUUCGGUCACACCAUCGGGCAGCACACAGGUCACCAUUAACGGUUUAGCUUCGGGCACUACGUACGAGUUUCAGGUGGUCGGCCGGAAUGUUCUCGGCGACGGGCUGAUGAGCAAAGUGAUGACGGUGCGGACAUUGGAAGAUGCCCCGGCAGCGCCACGUAAUGUCAAGGCUGCAACACAACCGCCAGAUCAUAUAUUCCAACUCAUGCCAGACGAAGCUGACCUUUUAGCGUAUUUUGACAUUUAUUUUCAUACCGAUUCGAAUGGUUCGAUCGUUUAUUCACCGCCAAAAUUAAACAUGAAAGGUCCCAAACCUGGUCCGCCACGCAAUCUAACCGUUACGGAAGUCUCAAACGGUUUUCUCAUCUCAUGGCAAGCGCCACUGGAACGUGCCCAUAUCGUCAAAUUCUACACCAUCAAAUACCGCACGGACGCCCAGUGGAAAACGUUGAAUCGUGGUCAAAUACGACCCGAAGAGACCCAAUAUUUAGUUAAGAAUUUAGUCGGUGGUCGUACAUAUUAUUUUCGCGUCUUAGCUAAUUCGGAAAAAUCCUACGAAUCCAGUGAUGAAGUGAAAUUUCCGGUGCCGGCACGUGUCAAGCAUAAAGCAAUAACAGCCGGUGUCGUUGGGGGCAUCCUGUUUUUUAUUGUUGCGAUCAUUUUAUCGGUUUGUGCCGUAAAAAUUUGCAAUAAACGUAAACGACGAAAACAGGAAAAAGAGUUCAAUAUGGUAGCUUGCCGGAUAACUGAUGCCCGUAAUAUAGCAGCAAAUAAUCACCAUUUGCAUCAGCAUCAACAACAACAACAGCAACAACAACAUCAACAACAACAACACCUACAGCAGCAACAACAGCAUCAUACGCAUCCACAUCAACAACAUCAAUUACAACAUAAUAUUCAUAGCCAUAGUACGGGCUCACUUUCCGCUGGUCAAGUGCCUUUAAAAAAAUUUAAACAAGCCCGAAUAUCAAGUCUAACCACAAUACUAAUUGCUAUACUACAUUGGAUUUGGCCGCCGGAUCGCUGCACCAACUGUCACUCAAUUUACAGUGCAUCCCACUCCGAUGAAGACGGCGGCCGCAACCGUCACUCGCUGAGUCAAAUUCAACGCUCCGUCGACGGGCGCUUUGUGCUUGCCGCAACGAAGGCGGGUAGCCACAGCAAGCUCAAUGCGCUUACAAAUGGUGCUGACAUGGAGGGCAUCGAUGAAGUUGACACCGUCGAAGGCAUACGUCGUCAUAGUCACGCAUCGCAAAACUCGUCGAGUGAUGAUGGCGGCUUUUUGUCGCGACGCAACUUUAUUACAGCGCGUGCCUCCUGGCGUCGUCCAUUGGUCGCCUCACCAUCUCAGCUCAGUUUACAAUCAGCUGUUGGUUCAGCACGUGGUUUCCUCCAGGGUUUGGGUGGCCUUUUACGUGUGGGCAGUAAUGCUGCUGUGGGUGGCAGUGGAAGUGGUCUCGCGGGUAUCUCGGCAGGUGGCGCCGCUGCGGGUGUAGGUGGAGAGGACACGGCUGGUAAUACUGGUGCACGCUAUCAGAACGUCUACCGUGGGCACUAUGGUCACAACAUUUAUCGAAAUUUGCAAUCAGUGCAAGCAGCGCAACCCGCCAGUCGUCCUUUGCAUAUAAAUACUUUGAGUGGCAGCACUUUUCUCGGUGGCCAUCAGUAUCAUCAGCAGCACUUGCAUGGCCUGCAUUUAACACCCAAUUUGUAUACGCCAUCGCGUAUAUCACGCAUCUUCUCAAGCUCGCCAGCCAGCACGCCAAAUGACACUCUGGGCAGUGGCACGCAUCACCAUGUCAAUGGGCUUGGUGACGCCGGGGGUUUGGGCGGAGUCGGUGGCGGCUUGCUAACCUCACCGUGGUCUAUGACGACGCCGGGUAGUGGACAUCUACAUCCACAUUUCAGCGAUUUGAGUAGCGUUUAUCCGAGCUCAGCUGAGCGUUCUCUGCCUACACCUUCAGCUACCAGUGGCAACCUGAGCCGUUACCGUUAUUACGCACAUGAGCUGCCCUCACUGCGCACUAUUCAGGAAGAAACGCGUCGCUACAAUCAGCAACAUCAGCAGGAGGAGAAACAGCAACUUGAGCUCCCAACCGCGGAUGGAUUUGUGCCCUUACAAAUACCUUCACCGCCUUCAUGGCGCAACUACUACCACUCACAAUUGCCAUAUCACAGCUAUAGACCACGUACGCGCUGGUAUCCGCGACAUUACGCACGCCUAUUUGGACGCUCACAACCCGAACUAAUGUCACCGUUGCCACACUUAAAUCUGACGCUACGCUCGGCGCCAGUUGGCGCCAUGGGUUUGGAAGCAUCACCAGAGUCACGCUCAAGCUCGAGCGGUUUCGGCUCGAAAAAUAACUCUAAUCACCCCCAAGGAUCUCAUCACUCGGGUAGCACAAGUGAAUGGCGGCUGCUGCCACCGUACAGACCACCACCACCACCACCAGCCAGCAACAGCGCCUACUUUGGCCUGACAUCACCCGGCAUCCAACAACAACAGGCGCAAGGACAAGCACCCGCAGGCUAUCAACAUCCACAAUUGCAUCAUCCGCCGUUAUUUAGCACCAACUCACUGCCGUACUAUCCACAUUACAGCAGCAGCUUACAACAACAACAACAACAACAGCAACCCAGACCCACAACACCUCCCUACACCAUGGAACACUGGUUGGGCAUGAUCUCAGAUCUCAACGCGGACACGGACAAUGUCAACCUGCCGAAGUCGGUGGACGUGGGCAGCGUAGAUGGCCACUACGAGUUCGAUCCGGCUACGCCGACACCGAGCAUAUCGACGCCAACCGGCGGCCUACUACGCGAAGAUCUUAACUUGCACGUAGAUACAACGGGUCAUCACACGCUGGGUCCGCUAGGCAGCGGCAGUUAUCAUCAUCAUACGAGCGGCGCUGCCACGUACGGCGGUCCAAUGAGAAAGACGCGCUUCUCACGCUACGACAAUGUGGAGGCGCGUCUGCAGGCGAUGCGUGAGGAAUUCUACGAGUAUCGUAAGCGCCAGGCAAUGCAGCAAGCUGGUGUAGCGGAGCUGGAGAGCGUGUGCUGAGGCUAUUUAGUUACAGCAUAUUAUAUUUGUAUAGGCUAUUUAGCGUAGUAUCUAUGUAAGUAGUAUGCGUGUAUGAGAGUGUGUUGUAGUUAGCAAUAAGUAGGGUUAGCUUAAAUUGUGUGUAAUGCAAAAUGAAAAACAAAAGCGAAACGAAAUUAGGAGCUCUGUAAGCUGCAUGAUAAAUGAAGUUGAUGAGAGUUUCGAGUAUUCGAAUUCGAAAACUUUAGUGCGAAAAUUGUAGCUCGAAAAAUGAUAUUCGAAACUUUAAGUUCAAAAUAUUUAGCAAAAAACUCGUGUUCGAAUUCGACGAGUUGAGUUCUCGAUAUUUAAGUUCGAAUUUUCGAACUUCAUUGUUCGAAAAUAUUCAUGCUCAAUUACAAAAACUAAUUGAAAUAAAGGCAUAAAUACAUAUUA